UAAUGUUUGUCCAUGGAAGUGAGCCGUAGUAAUUGUCCACCUGCGGCUACCGUAGAUUUAGGAACCGCAGUUCUUUUUGAAUUAGUUCGCUAAUGACAUGCUUUUGGCUAACCACUGAAGAGUUUCACGUAUUGUUUUACUUGUGAGUGAAAAUAAAUAACAAUGAAUGUUCAGCCUUCUAACCCCAACAACCCGAUUGUGUUCUUUGAUGUCACCAUUGGAGGACAAGAAGUUGGGAGAAUGAAGGUAGAACUCUUUGCCGAUGUGGUUCCAAAGACGGCUGAGAACUUUCGGCAGUUCUGCACAGGGGAAUUCAGAAAAGAUGGUGUCCCUAUCGGAUUUAAAGGCUGCACCUUCCACAGGGUGAUAAAGGACUUCAUGAUCCAAGGCGGGGACUUUGUAAAUGGUGAUGGUACAGGUAUCUGCAGCAUCUACAGAGGACCAUUUGCAGAUGAAAACUUUAGAAUGAAGCACUCUGCCCCUGGCCUCCUAUCCAUGGCAAACAGUGGCCCCGGAACCAAUGGCUGUCAGUUUUUCAUUACCUGUACGAAAUGUGACUGGCUAGAUGGAAAGCAUGUGGUCUUCGGGAAAGUGGUCGACGGCUUGCUUGUCAUGAGAAAAAUUGAGAACGUUCCUACCGGCCCAAACAACAAGCCCAAGCUUCCCAUCCUCAUAGCUCAGUGUGGGGAAAUGUGAUUCAACUUACAGAGCAAGUUUCUUUUUUAGGACAGCCACACAACCUCUUUUUGUACUUGAAUAAGUGUGUUCUUCUCCCAUGUUUGCGCUCAAUAGACAUCAACCAAAUUCUGUUUACUUCUGUAAGUUGAGUGGAAGUCAGUUUGUCAGUUUGCCACACAAUCAUGACGUCUCCUAUGAAUAGUAUAGCUAUACAAAUUGCCAACACUUUUGCAUUGCUUGAGUCGGUAAAAUUCAGAGACUGUAAAUCUAGGAUGUAAGACAUCUUGGACAUCAACUAGACUUGAGCCUCAUUACUCCUUACAAAAAAAUGUUUCAGUUCCAAGUAUCACCAAUCGAUACAUGUCCUAUGUGUAAUUCGAUAACUCACUAGUAAUUGUAUAGACUACUGUAGCUUACUCAAAUGUUUUCUCAAUGCCUAGCUAUGAAUAGCAAUUAUUGGGAAUUCAAUGUUUUGUAUGGAAUCUGUUGCCUUUUUAUAAAUGGAUAAUAUAAAUGUGCUUUUUGGUGCAGCGGUUUUGUUCAGUAGUUGUUUUUCGAAAUGUCAGGUUUUCAACAAUUAUUUGGUAUCCCCCACCAACAAUGUACGUGAGUAACAAGACAAGAGUUUUCGUAUAGCCUAAACAGAAUAGAUUCCACAUAUGGACAAUAUUGAGGUUUAUCAAUUUGUCAGGUAUAAUAAAUUAACUUCUUUGUCAACUA